AGUUCAGUUUGUAAAACAAAGAGAUGAAAGCCCAUUUAUUGCCGUUAACCGCUCCGGCGACGGAGCUAUCCAUCAAACACAGAUACAGAAACAGUUCACCUUCUAAUGGCGGCAACCUUCCGACGUCCGCUUUCUUCAUCACUGAGACAAUCUCCGAUCUGUUCCUCCGUUCUCCGGUCAAUCUCCGGCAGCUUCUGUAACGCCGCAACAGAUAACACUCAAGCUCCAUCUCCACCGAAACAUCUUCCACCGCCUCAAACAUACGCUAAACCAAUCUCAAGCUCUACACAUCACUAUCGAACAAGAACGCCUCUAGAGAAGCAAUUCGAGACGUGGAUCGACAAACUCCGUCCCGGUUUCACACCCGACGACGUCAACGAAGCUCUCCUUGCUCAAUCCGAUCCAGAUCUCGCUCUCGACAUCUUCAGAUGGACAGGCCAGCAACGAGGUUACAAACACAACGACGUCACUUACCUUACAGUAAUCCAGAUCGCCGAUUCCUCCAGACGAUUCUACCUCGCGGAAACCCUAAUUGAAGAGGUAAUCGCCGGCGCUUGCCAUCCUAGCCUCGAUCUUUAUAACUCCGUGAUUAAAAUCUGCAGUCAGCGUAAGAAUCUGUUUAGGAGAGGAUUUGAUGUGUAUAAGAAAAUGAUGAAAACAGAUGAUGAUAUUAAGCCAACAUUGGAAACAUAUACACAUUUGUUCAAUGCUCUUCUUAGGAAAUUCAAUAAGUUGAAUAUAUGUUAUGCUUAUUCACAUGCAGUUCAAUCAUUAACAAAGCAAAUGAAAGCUGCUGGUGUGAUUCCUGAUGCAUUUGUAUUGAAUAUGAUUAUCAAAGCUCAUUCUAAGUGUCUUCGAUUGGAUGAAGCUAUUAUGAUUUUCCGUGAAAUGGGAUUAUAUGGUUGUGAACCUAAUGAAUAUACAUAUAGUUACAUGAUCACAGGUUUGUGUGAGAAGAACAGAGUAAAUGAAGGAUUAGGGUUUUACAAGGAGUUAAGGGAGAAAGGAUUGAUCUUAAAGAGUGGGACCAUUUCUGUAUUAAUCUGUAGUCUUUCAAUGGAAAGAAGAUUUGAAGAUGCCAUUAAUGUUUUGUAUGAUAUGUUGGAUAGUUCAAUGGCUCCUGAUAUGUUGACAUAUAAGACUGUUCUGCUAGAGCUGUGUAGGGAAGGUAGAGGAGAUGAAGCUUUUGAAAUCCUCGAAGAAUUGAGGAAGAGGGAUAAGUCGAUGAACGAGAAGACUUACAAGAUUUUGUUGAAUGGUUUGCAUUUUGUGGGUCGCGAAUAGUUGGGUUCGAAAGGGAAGGAAAACUGAAAACUGAAAUCAGAUUGAAGAUCCUUGAAGGUGAUGUUACCAUUUCAUUUCUUGGUGAUGAUAUAUGAUUAGAUUUUGUUUUAGAUUAUAGUGUUUGUGUAGAACUCUUGAUCAUGAUCCCCUUUGUAACUUAUAUCCAAUCUGAAUUUAGGUAAAAACUGAAAAUCAGAUUGAAGAUUUUGUUGUAAAUGAUGUCUUUUUCUUUGCUA